AUGGUAGAACCUAUCGGCAUAGCAUCUGGCCUGGUGGCUUUAGCUACGUUUGCAUUUCAAUCCAGCACUGCCCUCUUCGAUGAAGUUCAAAGCUACCAAUCUCAUCCAAAACGCGUACGCGACCUGACGGAGGAACUCGAGACUCUGAAUGGAGCCCUCGGCGCUCUAAUUGAGAUCUUGAAUGCAAACACCGAUAUAAACCUCGCUAGCCUCGAAUAUCCGCUCCUUCGCUGUGGAAAUUCUUGUAGAGAUUUUGAAGAGGAGCUUAAGAAACGCUCGACGCGAUCUCUUGCCGGUAAAACGAGCUUUCCAGACUGGGCUGAAUUAAAUUACAUGGGCGAAGAUAUUGAUGGUUUCAGACGAAGGUUAGCUGGCUAUAAGUCAACUAUCAUCAUUGCCCUCGCCAAUGUAAAUGGAGGCGAGUAUGGAACUGUUCUCCAGGCUGCCGCGGUGAAAGGGCAUCGAGAGAUUGUUCAAUUACUUCUUGACCAAGGCGCGGACGUCAACACUCAGGGAGGCGAGUAUGGAACUGCUCUCCAGGCCGCUGUAGUAAAAGGCCAUCGGGAUAUCGUUCAAUUGCUUCUCGACAAAGGCGCGGACGUCAACACUCAAGGAGGCGAGUAUGGAACUGCUCUCCAGGCUGCCGUGGUGAAAGGGCAUCGAGAGAUCGUUCAAUUGCUUCUCGACCAAGGCGCGGAUGUCAAUACUCCAGAAGACGAGUAUGGAACUGCUCUCCAGGCCGCUGCAGUAAAAGGGCAUCGGGAUAUCGUUCAAUUACUUCUCGACCAAGGCGCGGAUGUCAAUACUCCAGGAGACGAGUAUGGAACUGCUCUCCAGGCCGCUGCAGUAAAAGGGCAUCGGGAUAUCGUUCAAUUGCUUCUCGACCAAGGCGCGGAUGUCAAUACUCCAGGAGACGAGUAUGGAACUGCUCUCCAGGCCGCUGCAGUAAAAGGGCAUCGGGAUAUCGUUCAAUUACUUCUCAACCAAGGCGCGGAUGUCAACGCUCAGGGAGGCGAGUAUGGAACUGCUCUCCAGGCCGCUGCAGUAAAAGGGCAUCAAGAGAUCGUUCAAUUGCUUCUCGACCAAGGCGCGGACGUCAACGUUCAAGGAGGCAAGUAUGGAACUACUCUCCUAGCUGCCGUGGUGAAAGGGCAUCGAGAGAUCGUUCGAUUACUUCUUAAGAAAGGCGCCGACGCUAACACCCAAGGAGGUAAGUAUAGAACUACUCUCCAGGCUGCUAUAAUCGAAGGACACAAAGAGAUCGUUCAACUUCUUCUCAACCACGGCGCGAACGUUAACACCCAAGGAGGCAGGUUCGGAACUGCUCUCCAGGCCGCUGCCUCUUGGAACAAUAGAGCGAUUGUUCAAUUACUUCUUGAUCAAGGCGCGGAUGUCAACACUCAGGGAGGCGAGUAUAGAACUGCUCUCCAGGCCGCUGCAGUAAAAGGGCAUCGGGAUAUCGUUCAAUUACUUCUCGACAAAGGCGCGGACGUCAACACUCAAGGAGGCGAGUAUGGAACUGCUCUCCAGGCUACCGUGGUGAAAGGGCAUCGAGAGAUCGUUCAAUUACUUCUCGACCAAGGCGCGGACGUCAACACUCAGGGAGGCGAGUAUGGAACUGCUCUCCAGGCCGCUGUAUUCAUAUGCAGAGGAAACAUGUCGAUCGUACAAAUGAUUCUUAACCAAGGCGCGAACGUCAACGCCCAAGGAGGCAAGUAUGGGACUGCUCUCCAGGCUGCCGUGGUGAAAGGGCAUCGGGAUAUCGUUCAAUUACUUCUCAACAAAGGCGCGGACGUCAACACUCAAGGAGGCGAGUAUGGAACUGCUCUCCAGGCCGCUAUAGUCGGGGGAUAUAAAGAGGUCGUUCAAUUUCUUCUUCAAAACGGAGCGGACGUCAACACCCAAGGAGGCAGGUUCGGAACUGCUCUCCAGGCCGCUGCAGUAAAGGGGCAUCGGGAUAUCGUUCAAUUACUUCUCGACAAAGGCGCGGACGUCAACACUCAAGGAGGCGAGCAUGGAACCACUCUUCAGGCCGCCGUCUUUAAAGGAAAUAUAGCGAUCGUGCAAUUGCUUCUUAAGAAAGGCGCCGACGUUAACUCUCCAGGCGGGCAUUAUUGCGCUGCUCUCCAGGCCGCUGUAUUAAGUGGGCCUAUAGCGAUAGUGCGCCUCCUCGUCGAUCAAGGUGUGGACGUCAACGCCCAAGGAGGCGAGUUUGGAACUGCUCUCCAGGCCGCCGCAUUUAGAACGAACAAAGAGAUCAUCCAAGUGCUUCUCGACCAAGGCGCGGACGUCAACACUCAGGGAGGCGAGUAUGGAACUGCUCUCCAGGCCGCUGUAUUCGUAUGCAGAGGAAACAUGUCGAUCAUACAAAUGAUUCUUAACCAAGGCGCGAACGUCAACGCCCAAGGAGGCAAGUGUGGAACUGCUCUCCAGGCUGCCGUGGUGAAAGGGCAUCAAGAGAUCGUUCAAUUACUUCUCGACCAAGGCGCGGAUGUCAAUACUCCAGGAGGCGAGUAUGGAACUGCUCUCCAGGCCGCUGCAGUAAAGGGGCAUCAAGAGAUCGUUCAAUUACUUCUCGACCAAGGCGCGGAUGUCAACACUCAGGGAGGCGAGUAUAGAACUGCUCUCCAGGCUGCCGUGGUGAAAGGGCAUCAAGAGAUCGUUCAAUUACUUCUCGACCAAGGCGCGGAUGUCAAUACUCCAGGAGGCGAGUAUGGAACUGCUCUCCAGGCCGCUGCAGUAAAAGGGCAUCAAGAGAUCGUUCAAUUACUUCUCGACAAAGGCGCGGACGUCAACGUUCAAGGAGGCAAGUAUGGAACUGCUCUCCUAGCUGCCGUGGUGAAAGGGCAUCAAGAGAUCGUCCAAGUGCUUCUCGACCAAGGCGCGGACGUCAACACUCAGGGAGGCGAGUAUGGAACUGCUCUCCAGGCCGCUGUAUUCGUAUGCAGAGGAAACAUGUCGAUCGUUCAAUUGCUUCUCGACCAAGGCGCGGACGUCAACGUUCAAGGAGGCAAGUAUGGAACUGCUCUCCUAGCUGCCGUGGUGAAAGGGCAUCAAGAGAUCGUCCAAGUGCUUCUCGACCAAGGCGCGGACGUCAACACUCAGGGAGGCGAGUAUGGAACUGCCUUCCAGGCCGCCAUAUUGGGUGGAAGCAUGACUAUUGUGCCGCUUAUUCUUGACAGAUACGGAGACAAAAUACCAAUCGCCGAGGAGGUUCUCAAGAAAGUCUUCGAAACUUCAAAAAACGCAGUUCAGUUGAUGAGCCUACUCCUCCAGAAACAAGAAGACAAGAUUACCAUCACCGAAGAAAUACUGAUGGCAGCUGCACGAAAUGAGAGGGGACACCAGUUAGUAUCUCUUUUUCUAGAGAGCAGUGUCAAGAUCUCGGACGAUGUCAUCUGGGUACGAGAACUAGGGAAGGUGGGAUAUAGUACCCAUGAGAUUAUGGAGCUUCUUCUCGAAGACAGCAAUGAUUCUCCUUGGAUAUUUUUCGAGCCAACCUAUUUCCCCUGUUCUGAAAUCAAGCCUGGUCGACAUAUUCAGGGAUGUUGCCACCCUGUUUCGCCCCUGGAAGCACUGCCAACCCAGAUUUUUGAUCCUGUCUUCGAACGCCAUCCAAUUGAUUUUGAUCACGAAGAGAUACUUAUUCAGGUCCAAGAGCUCUGUGGUUUAGCAGGAAUAAAGCCCACCACCCGAAGGGUAACUGAUUGGGUUGGGUAUAUUGAGUUCAACGACAGCGACCAGGUACUUUCAGUGUCAUAUAUGCUGCCUACUGAUGAAAAGAAUCCGCCCGAUAACGUAAUAUUCUGGUCUCGCAUCUCUCGAGCUCUAGACGGGCUUUAUCACGCUGCUGCUUUGAUGCAGGCAAACGAUCUUUGCUGUGAUUCAUUCACAGUUCUCAAAUCAAGGUUCCAAGGUCACGAACCGCCAUCAUCAUCUCUGGUAGAAAUCAUUUCUGUUUCCUUUAAGUCAGUUUUGAUCCUUACCGAGGAGCUGCAAAAUGUCAUAAACCCAUCCUCUGAGUCCUCUGGCACUAGAAAGGCUUUAUCUGCAUCCACGGCAAUCCUCGGACUCAUUUGGCCAGAAAUACCGGAAGUUCUAGAUGACUCAAGCAUCGAGUGGUCCUUUCAUCGCAUGUCGAACCCCUUCGACCUUUUUUCUUAG